UAUAUCUCCAGUAUAUCUCUCCCAGAUACCCUUGCACCUCUUUCUCUCAAUUCCUCAAAGCGUUUGAUACUCCAGCUGCCAUCCUACUUCAUCUUAUACAUCCUCUUCCUUUGGAAUUUGAUCUCUAUCUUUCUCUCUCUCAUUUUUUUUCCACUGUCUUAGUGUUUUACUGUUUUUCUUUCUCUCUGUACAUCAAUACCUAUUCAUUCACACCAUGGCCACUGAGCUCCUAGGCUUUGAUUUAGACUCUCCAUUGUUUCAACUUAGGCAGAGACAUCCUCGUCACUUGCUUCGUAAAAGAGAAACAGCAGAUUCUGCUGAAAAUACUGCCAACGCUGAGGCAAACCCUACUACUACUCUUGAUGACUCCAAUAUUACUACAGAUGCCCAGGGUGCUGACUCAACUGGCUUUGUUCAAGCAAUUUCAGACACAACAAGCGAUUCGCCAAAUCUGUCCACAAGCAACUUGCCAACGUUAUCAACUGUCUCUAUUCCCUCAGCUGUUGUAACGAUUCCUUCUUCUAAUGACAACCCCUUCAUCCUACGAUCUAACAAUCCUUCUGGCAUGGCUUUCAUAGUGGUUGGAAUAAUAAUGGCCGUAUUUGCUUUCAUUGUGUUUGUUUACUUUUUGAUUAAUAUUUAUAUUGCCAACAGACUAGUCAAGGAAAACAGCAAAUUCAUGGCUAAAAAUGACCCAGAAUCCUCAAAACUAUUGAUGGAUUCAAACAAUAAUCUAUCCCACAACAAUUUAAGCUCCAAUAACCUAAACACCAAUAACAGAUCCAGCUUUGAUUAUUCAAUUAUAAACCACGACAACUCUCUAAAUGAUCUAAGCAAUUCAAAUCCUUCCAUCCCACAGAGACUAUCCGUUAUACCUGAUCCCUCGAACAACGACCACAGAAAAUCAUCAAAAUCAAUGUUUAUAUCUCCAACCGCCGACAUCUUAAACCAGUCAAAAUACAAAAAAUCUGUUGAUUAUGAAAACUCUCUAACCAUUCCAGGAACUAUCUCAAGAACUGCAUCUUAUUCAAACCUAUCCUCUGUUUUAAACCCAUUCAAUAGAAAUACCACCGGUGGUUCAAAUGCCACCUCAACCUAUUUUGCUCAAAUUAACUCUCUCAACGAUUCAAACAACUUCCAUAAUAACGACCCUUCUAAUCCAAAUAACUACCAAUUUGAUUCGCCCAUCAGUCCAAAUGAACAAUUUGCUAGCCGAUCCAACUCUUACACCAACCUAUCAUAUAACACUUUGCAACUACCCAAGGCCAAUUCAGGUCAAAACAACACUGGUGUUAAACAAAGACCACCAAGUGCUUAUUUGGAAUCCCUCUUUGAUGAAAAAAAACUCGGCGAUUAGUCAAAAUAAUCGAUUAAUCUCAUUCUUUAUUUCAUCAUCAACCAAUGAUUCAUAUUUAAACUAUACUAAAUUUUAUAUCUUUUUGUAAAUUUGUUUGCUAUAGCUUUUUUUUUUAUCUCAUCUUUUUAUAUUUGUUUUAUUUGUUAUUUUUAUAUUUUUUUAUUAUUAUCUUAUUAUCUAUUUUUUUUUACCCGUUUUGUGUGUUUUAAUUAUUAAUGCUCAUCAAACCAUUAAUUAUUUCUAUUCGUUUUUUCUCUACAUAUUUCAUCAAAAACCAUUAAAAAUGUCUCUUU